ACCAAGUGAAGGGAGAGAAUCUUCCUUUGGUUCCGGGUACUUUCCCUUCCAACUGCUCGAGCCGAGGAGAGGGGGGUCGUCUUCUUCUUCUUCUCCCCAUCUCGAAGCAAGGAGAUCCGGCAGCCUAUCAACGGAGAGAGAGCGGGAGACCGCUUCGUAGGUUCCUUCAAAAAAUUUUAGCUUUUGGGUGCUGGUGAAGAUCUUUUGCGCUGGAAUUGGUGAAUAUUUGGCAUCAUAGAAGCAUUUUCCUAUAAGAGGAUUCUAAGUUCUUGAAGUAGUCCUUUUUUCCCAGUUUGGUUGCCUUAGUUAAAGCAUGAUUAAACAAAUACUAGGGCGGCUUCCUCGGAAGCCGUCAAAGUCUGCGGAUAAUCGGGAUUCGAGUGGUGGAUCAACUCCUUCAUUGCCAAAUGCUUCUACCAGUUCAAGAAGUGGGGAUUUGUUGAAUAGUAGUGUGACAGAUCUGAACAGUCAGGUUCUUCCUGGCUUGAAUCCGGGGUUAAAUCAUGGAAGCAGAUACCCUCCAGCAGUUAGCUUGAGGCUAAAUGGCAAUUUAGUCUCCCCCCCAUAUGAAGCAUUGCCAAGCUUUAGGGAUGUCCCAAGCUCUGAAAAGCAGAACUUAUUCAUAAAAAAAUUGAACUUGUGUUGUGUUGUGUUUGACUUCACUGACCCAACAAAGAAUUUGAGAGAGAAGGAUAUCAAGCGACAGACAUUGUUAGAGCUUGUUGACUAUGUUACUUCAGCAAACGGGAAAUUUCCUGAGAAUGUCAUCCAAGAGACUAUCAGGAUGGUAUCAAUAAACUUGUUCAGGGCCCUCACUUCCCCUUCCAGAGAGAAUAAGGUUUUGGAAGCCUUUGAUUUGGAAGAGGAAGAGCCUGUAAUGGACCCAGCAUGGCAACACUUGCAAAUUGUUUAUGAGUGCUUUUUAAGGUUUGUUGCAUCUCCUGAGACUGAUGCCAAGUUGGCUAAAAGAUACAUAGAUCAUUCCUUUAUUCUUAGGCUACUUGAUCUCUUCGAUUCUGAAGACCCCAGAGAGAGGGAGUACUUGAAGACGAUACUUCACCGUAUCUAUGGAAAAUUUAUGGUGCACCGCCCAUUCAUCAGGAAAGCUAUUAACAACAUCUUCUAUCGUUUUAUCUUUGAAACAGAAAAGUUCAAUGGGAUUGCAGAGCUUUUGGAGAUUUUGGGAAGCAUCAUCAACGGAUUUGCUCUGCCACUGAAGGAAGAGCAUAAAUUGUUCCUUGUUCGAGCAUUAAUCCCCCUUCACAAGCCAAAGUGCAUAGCCAUGUACCAUCAACAAUUAUCAUACUGCAUCACUCAGUUUGUUGAGAAGGACUGCAAGCUUGCGGAUACUGUUAUAAGGGGUCUGUUGAAAUACUGGCCCAUCACAAAUAGUUCAAAAGAAGUAAUGUUCUUGGGGGAGCUGGAGGAGGUCCUUGAGGCAACUCAGCCUGCAGAAUUUCAGCGAUGUAUGGUUCCACUUUUCCGCCAGCUUGCCCGCUGCUUGAAUAGUUCACACUUCCAGAACUUUUUCUUUUGUUCAACAUUCAAUGCCAUCUGAAUAGCUAUAGUUGUAUGGGACUUGUAAUGUACCUGUGAUGUCUAAAUCAGGUUGGUUUUUGGGAUGAAUUAUCUUUAUCGGGGAUAUUUUACUCAUAUAGAAUGUCUUAGUUUAAUUAUAAAGUGCAUAAACAAACAAGACUGUUUCUCUAGGAAGUUGGAACAUUUCGAAAUAAUGUUAUUAUGGUUCACAAUGUUUUAUUGGCUUAACAUGUUACCAUUCUCAAUACGUUAAAGUUUAAAUGCAUGUUUUGAGUGCAAAAUGCCUAUUAAAUCAUCUUGUCCCAUCUCUGAUUGCAUUUGCUGCCGAUAUGUUUUUUGUUUUAAAUCUUUUCUCUGAGUUUUAAAUGACUGCAUGUUGGCGAGCGUGCUUUUUCACUCAGAUCAAAAUUUGUGCCUUAGAGAUUAAUUUGAAGUCCCAGUAGAUCUUUUCUUUUUCCACAGUGUGGACACUCAUGUUAAAGUAGAGAAAUCUUAGAGAGUUGCUUUUGAGUUGCACGACCCAAAUUGCAUGACGGAAGAAGGAAGUCUCCUCAAUUGCCAAGUGGCUUCCCAAGCUUUCACGGAAAGCCUCCACUCUAUCAAUGCCUUGGCCAGGAACUAAGCACUAACUCAAAUUGUUGACUGUAAAUUGAGAGUCGCUCUUAUAGCAUUUUCAAACUUUAAAAAUAUGUGCAUAUGUAUAUAUGUGUAUAUGUGUACAUAUACAUAUACACAUGUGUGUGUGUGUGUACAUAUACCGGAUGUGUUUAUGUGUCCAUAUACAUACUUACAACUGCAUGCUCAUACUACAUAAGUACAUAUAUAUGCGUGUAUGCAUGCAUAUAUGUAGACAAACUUGAUACAAAUUGUGUGGUGCUGCAGAAAUACUCUGGGAAUGAUAGAUUGGUAACAAAUACCAUCAUGUUCUGAUGAUAUGAGUAUGCUAAUAAUGAUUGUGUUGCACUGGAUAUGGAGAGGGGCUUAAAUUUGUCUCAGGUUUGAAAAAAAGAUAGAAUGACCAAGACCAAAGAUAGAAUGACCAAAGACUACUGAAAUGGAUGCUACUAGAUAGGAUUUCAUUUGGGUUGCUAGAGGUACAAGACCAAGAUUUGUAAGUACUCUUGUUGGCUAUGGUUUAUUGUAUUUAAAUAUAAUUUGACCAAUCUGAAAGUCACAAUUCAAAGUUCAUAGUAGUAUCCAUUGCAGCUAAGCGAUACAAAAUUCUCGCUUUCAAGUUGGUUGGUUGACAGAUAAAAUGGUGUGGGAUCCAUCUUCAAUUAAAUAAUUGAUUAGAAAGAUUAUUUAUGAUUAAAAUAUAAUGAAAUGGAAUCUUGUUUUCUUACAUCUGAUUGAUAUGGAUAAGAAAACUUCUUUGCUUCACUGCAAAUUUAUUUAAGUAGCUUGGAUUAAUUGCAAUAGUCCAUUUCUUUGAUCCUCGUCAAUUAUAAACAGAUCAGGUUUAUAUAUUCUUAUUAGCCUAUUCCACAUAUAUAUGAGAAAUAUUUUCUUGGGCGGUUCAAACUCUCAGUUGUAUUCACUAAAUCUCUCCAUGUACAAUGUUGAUUCUUUCCUUUAUCUGCACAAUUCGCUUUACAAGAAGAUACUGCUUAUUAUCUCUCAAUCCUCUCUCCUUACUUUGCUUUGUUCUAUUGUAUCGCCCAGAUGACUUUAUCCACUUUUAUAACCUCUUGGGAUUCCUUAUUGGUCUAUGUACUAGAUCCACUUAUAUAUUCAAUCAGCUUUAGCAGUUGAAUUUUUCACUUGAAUCUCGUCAGUAUUUCAUCUCAUGUAUGCCUUAUUAGAGCAGGCAUAGUGAGGCUUACCACCAUAUAUAUCAUCCAAUUCAUGUCAUAUUAAAGCACAUAAGGUCAGGCUUGCCACCAUAGCUGUCCUUUUAUCCCCUUUGGGAAAAAAGUUAUCCUGAGUAACCUUCUUUACUUAAGGGCAAACUUUUGGAGAAGCUGAUUUUGCAUCUAAACAAACUAACCCAAGGAAUGGGUAAGCCAUUUCCUGGUUGCUACCUCCCAGCUUGCGACAAUAUGCUUUUAAAAGUCAUCUUUACCCACGUAAAAUGUCUCACCGGCCUGCUUGAUAUACCAAUAGGAUUAGUAAUUGAGAUCCAAGGUCAUGUUAUGAUGCAAUGGAAGGUUGCAACUUAGGUUUUUCUUCAUAUGUAAUUUUAGUUAUUAAUUCGGUAUGUAUUCCUUUCAUUUCUGUUUAUUUAUUUUUCAGAGGGUUAUUUUGAAUCAGGGAGUUAGAUUAAAAAUCUCAGAUUUUAAUUGUUUGCUUGAUGAGAUACAUUAAUGUAGCAGUACUGUUCAUGCUACAGGUAACCAUGAACAGUAACCAAAAAUUAUGAGGAUUGUUUAGGGAGUUAAAAAUUCUACUUAGGAUUUUAUUUUCCUUUAAAUAUGAUUUUGUGUAAUCAGUUUU